GCUAAAAAGAAUGCAGAAAAUAUCUACAAUAUAGUUUUAUGUCGACUCCCACAAAUAGCCAACAUCAAAGAAUUCGGGUUUAGAGUCAGAUCGCCUUUAUUUUAGAUUCCGACUAUAUUAUUUAUUGAAAAAAAAAGCUUUCCAGAUUAUUUUUAUCUUUGGAAUCGCUGCUCAAUUUAUAUGGAACAGCUUUCAAUAGUUUCCAUACAAAUCUCAGCUUACUUACUCUAUCGAAGGCGAUUCUAGAGGUCAAGCAUUUCAGCUGCGUAGCAUUACUUUUCAUUUGUCUUUUGUGCAUUUACGUUUCCUUUUACAUUUCAGUAAUUUAUUGAUAACCUUCUCAUUGCCGAAUACACUUUUGCAGAAUAUCCCAAUGUGUUAGGAUUUUCAGCUGUCAUUUAUAUCUAUUACAGAAAAAACCAUCUCUUUGGAAGCUUUCUAUUGGCAUUUUUGUAUGUACGCACUUACUCUACAGCUAUCAAUUAAAGUGAACCAUCUUUUCUUGCUGUUUUCCUUAUUUCUUUGGAUUAUAUAUGUGUUUUUGAGUUUUAUAUUAUAUUAUUGACCAUGAAUAAUUAUCCAAUGAAUCAUUCUUUCAGAAGUUCAGACUCUCCCGAAGUUUACUUCGAGAGCCAGGAGAUUUCCAAUCCUAAUGGACUUUUUCAACCAGGCUUAUUACCUUUAUUCCAAGACACAUUUGAAUCUGAAUUGCCUCCGUCUACUUUUCCUUCGCAACGCGAUUCGAACCCUCAUUUAGCUUCUCAAGUAUCUGUUUCACCGAAAGCACAUUCAAGUACCUAUCCUGCAGUCCAAGAUAUUUCUUCGAAAGACUUAAAUGUUCCAUUUUUUAGCUUCACACAGCCAAACGUUGACGCUCCUUUGGAAGGUUCCAGUUCUGACCCUUACUUGUCUAAUUCGGAAGUACAUUCUUCUCCAUUUUCUCAAUUGCAAAUGCCAACUAAUACUGAAACGUCGGGUAUUGCUAAUUCCUCCCGAUCUCCGGAACUUUUAACUCCUCUCCCUUCUAGACCUUCGCGUGGUGAUAUUUAUGAAUUCAAUACUAGCUUACCUCUUGCUGAAAUCGACUCAUCUCAGUUUCUUUCUGUUCGGAGCAAUCGGAGUGAUUACUCUGCUUCUCCACUAUCCUCCCCUCGUUCAGCAUCACCAUUUUAUACACCUGCAUCUUCGUUUUCUAUUCCUAGUUCACCUUAUUUACGCUCUCCGAACACAAUGUUUGAUAAUGCGGAUAAUCUUAAUUACAUUGACGUUAUGUCUCAGGCUUCUGCCAUUGAGGAUGAUCUCGAAUUGCCAGAACAACAAGAUUUUUCCAGUUUUGAUAUUUACGAAAAUGAGUAUGUCACAGAAAAUUUAAAUGUUCCCCCUGCGGACGAUAUGCAACCCAACGCAUCAUCGGACUUUUUGAAUAGUACAGCCGGUACAGGAUUUACUCAAGCAGAGUCCAGUGCAGAAACUACUAGUCAGAACGUUUCUAAACCGUAUGAUGUAUUAUCAAACCUUUCAACUCCAUCGUUUGUUCAUGAAAACACGCCUGCCGAAUUCUCUAAUCAAUCUUCAGUCGAGUAUGAGGAAGAAGCAACUAGAAAAAACCAAGCGGCACUCAACCAAAGUUCGGUACCCAAUGGAUUAGCACCCUUUUCCUCCGUUCCUGCUAUCGUUCAUCCUGGUGACUACAAACAUUCCCAAAAUUCUGACAGCCCUCAAAACAUUUCUUUGCCCAACGUAGGUUUUCCUAAGGAAAAUUUUCCUGACAUAAAAAACGAAACCUCGGUAGUAAAAACAGAGACUGAAGAUGACUCUUCUCUUCUAGCGCCAAAAAUUAAUGUUGUACCGUCUUCUCCAGCAAAAUACGUUGAAGAUUUUGGUCUUGAGUACAAUUCUUUUUUGGCACAUCGAGAAAGGUUAAAUGGUGCUUCAAACUAUCCUUCAAUGCUUAAUGCUAGUGGAAACAUUUCUUCAUCAAAUGAUGUAGUUUCGGAAGAUGUAAAACGAAGUCGUUCUAAUAGUGCAGGUCCACGGUUGGAUGUUUUUAACCUGGGUCCGCAAAUGUCGCAAAAGCAUCAAAGGGGGUAUAGUAAUUACGAAGGUUAUCAUGAUAAUAACUUUGGCAAUGAUGAUGGCAACCCUCCUGAUUCUAUGGAUCAUCUGUCAAUCAAUGCAACUCGUCCUCGAAGCCGGUCGUUAAAUAUAACUGGUUCUGAGAACCCAAUAACUAACGAGUCAGCAGCAAAAAAGGGUAACUCGAAGCCAGAAAAUAAUUUUGUUUGUUCGUUUCCUAAUUGCGGAAAACGGUUUACUCGUGCAUACAAUCUGAAAAGUCAUAUGAACACUCAUACGAAUUAUCGUCCUUUUCAAUGUUCAAUCUGUGGAAAAUCAUUCGCAAGGCAACAUGAUAAGCGGCGGCAUGAACAAUUGCAUAGUGGUAUCAAAGCUUUUGGUUGUCCUACAUGUCAUCAGCGGUUUGCUAGAAUGGAUGCCUUAAACCGACACUAUAAAAGCGAAGUCGGUCAGAAGUGUUUAAAGAUUGCAGCGGAUAGAGGAAUAAGCGUUCCACCCGCUAGAAGGAGUGGUACGAACAAAACUGAUCAAGCUUUGGACGAAGACCCAAACAACUUUUGAAGACAAAGUUGAAUACCCUUUAUGUUUGCUUUAUUUCAUUAUAGAUUUUUUUCUAGGACAUGCUUCAUGCAUUUUGUUCUUUUCUGUAACUUUAUUUCAAAAGACGCUAUCCUUUGUUUUUCUUGUUUUAAUUUCUUGUUUCUCUUGUUUCUCUUGUUUCUUUAUUUUUUCUAUUAUUCUUUUUCUUAUUUUACCCCCUCUUACGUUGCUCAGCAAAUUCUCUGUUUAUAAACGAUUUUGAAGUUUCGGCAUUAAUAAUCCAAUACUGUCAAAGACCAUCGUCAGAACCAUAAUUAAUAUGAUGGUGCUUUUUAAAUCUCUUUAAUAAUAACGCUUUUUGGUAAAAAU